GUAGGGAUGAAAUCUGGGUAUGGAUGUAUUGUGGACUGUGAGGAGAAUGUGAUGGACUUCAAGAGGACAAAGGCAGGCAGACUGUUGGAAUGCUCGGGUAUUUCUGGAGACUGGAGUCGAUUGGUCUAAGGAGGACUCAUUGCCAUAAAGAGAAAGUCAUGUUUUGCUGACCCAUCACAGAAAGCAAUUUAUACUGCUUGCUUUUGAAAACUGUCUGUGGCUUACCAGACUUCACCUCAGCUCUCAAGUCUCACUGCCCUCUGUUCGGCUUCUGUGUCCCAGGUCAUAAAACACAACCACCAAAAUGGGAGAUGACGAGAAAAAAUCCAAGAUGACCUCUUCUCGCAGAAUGCAUCUGAAGAGUUUACUGCUGUCUCUUGCCAAAACUGCACUUGAGAAGGAAGAAGCAGAUCGGAUAGCAGAGAAGGAGAGGUAUAUGGAAGAACAUUGUGGACAUCUGCAGACUUCUGGGCUUUCAAUGGCAGAUCUGCAGGACUUGUGCAGGAAACUUCAUGCAAAGAUAGAUGUUGUUGAUGAAGAGAGAUAUGACAUGGAGUCCAAAGUUGCUAAGACCACCAAAGAGAUUGACGACCUGAACUUGAAAGUUUUUGACCUGAAAGGAAAAUUCAAGAGGCCACCACUCAAGAGAGUCCGUAUGUCUGCUGAUGCCAUGCUACGCGCUCUGCUGGGCUCCAAACACAAGGUGUCCAUGGACUUGAGAGCUAAUCUGAAACAAGUGAAGAAAGAGGACACUGAGAAGGAGAAGGAUCUGCGUGACGUUGGAGACUGGCGUAAAAACAUUGAAGAGAAGGCCGGAAUGGAAGGCAGAAAGAAGAUGUUUGAGGGCGCUGAAUAAAACUUGUCACCAUGUAACCAAAUACUGUAUUGCAUUUAGUAUUUGUAAUAAAAUAUA